GGCGCGUCACGUGACGGCGGCUCGGCGGCGCCGGCGGUUUGCUGUCAGCUGAUUCCCCGGGUCGGUGGCAGCGGCAGCGGUGGCCAUGGACUUUCUCCUGGGGAACCCGUUCAGCUCCCCGGUGGGACAGCGCAUCGAGAGAGCGACCGACGGCUCCCUGCAGAGCGAGGACUGGGCCCUCAACAUGGAGAUCUGCGACAUCAUCAACGAGACGGAAGAAGGCCCCAAAGAUGCCUUCCGGGCGGUCAAGAAGAGGAUCUCAGGGAACAGGAACUUCCACGAGGUGAUGCUGGCGCUCACGGUCUUGGAAACCUGCGUCAAGAACUGUGGCCAUCGCUUCCACGUGCUGGUGGCCAGCCAGGACUUCGUGGAGGGCGUCCUGGUGCGGACCAUCCUGCCCAAGAACAACCCCCCCACCGUGGUGCACGACAAGGUGCUCAGCCUCAUCCAGUCCUGGGCGGACGCCUUCCGCAGCUCGCCUGACCUGACGGGCGUCGUGGCCGUGUACGAGGACCUGCGCCGGAAGGGCCUGGAGUUCCCCAUGACCGACCUGGACAUGCUGUCGCCCAUCCACACGCCGCAGAGGACCGUGUUCAGCUCCGAGGCGCCGUCGGGACAGAACUCCGUGGGCUCGGACCCCGCUCACCGGGCCGAGCAGCCCGCCCCGCCCCCCGCCCCCGUCGUGCCGCUGGGAGAUGCCACCUUGACGCCCACCCCUGAGCAGAUCGGGAAGCUGCGCAGCGAGCUGGAGAUGGUGAACGGCAACGUCCGGGUGAUGUCGGAGAUGCUCACCGAGCUGGUGCCCACCCAGGCCGAGCCCGCCGACCUGGAGCUGCUGCAGGAGCUCAACCGGACGUGCCGGGCCAUGCAGCAGCGGGUGCUGGAGCUCAUCCCCCAGAUCGGCAACGAGCAGCUGACGGAGGAGCUGCUCAUCGUCAACGACAACCUCAACAACGUCUUCCUGCGCCACGAACGGUUUGAGCGUUUUCGGACAGGCCAGAGCGCCAAGGCCCCCAGCGAGGCCGAGGCUGCCGCUGACCUCAUCGACAUGGGCCCUGAACCCGCAGCCGGCGGCGCCCUCUCAUCCCAGCUGGCUGGAAUGAACCUGGGCUCCAGCAGCGUGAGGGCAGGCCUGCAGUCCCUGGAGGCCUCCGGCCGCCUAGAAGACGAGUUUGACAUGUUUGCACUGACCCGGGGCAGCUCGCUGGCUGAGCAGCGGAAAGGGGUCAAGUACGAAGCCCCUCAAGCCUCGGACGGCCUGGCCGGAGCCCUGGACGCGCGUCAGCAGAGCGGCGGGGCGAUCCCCGUUCCCCAGGCCGGCGUCAUGGAGGACAUCGAGCAGUGGCUGGCGACUGACGUGGGCGCCGACGCGGACGAAGCCAAGGGCGUCACCAGCGAAGAGUUCGACAGGUUCCUGGAGGAGCGGGCCAAGGCCGCUGACCGCCUGCCCAGCCUCUCCAGUCCCUCGGCCGACGCCCCCCAAGGGCCCCCCGCGGGCACCACGUCGCGCAAGAAGACGCAGGACAAAGACGAUGACAUGCUGUUUGCCUUAUGAACGGGGAAGGGGCCGGGUCCCCACGGCCUCACCGGGCCCCUCCUCCCCCCCCCCCCGUGUUAAGGCUGCUUUGGGGGGCGCCUCGGUGCCCACCUUCUCUCUUCCUCGCGGAUGGGGCUGGCCCGCACCUGGGGGGAGCAGGACAGCUGUGCUUCGGGGGUCCCCUCCCGAGGAGCGCCCCCGCACCCACACUGCCAGGCUGGGGCCCGCACAGCUCAGCCACCUCCUCCCUCCCGUGGCUCCCGGCCCCACUCGGGGCCCGCUGCGGGCAGGCCAUGGGCCUGACCAGGUACGACACGCGGGGCCGCAGCAGGAGACCUCACUGCCUUCGUCCACCCGGCUCUCCGGGCAGUGCCCUGGGCCCGGGAUCCUGCGGUCCAUCUCAUCCGGGAGUGGUCGU